UGGGCAAUAUAGUAAUAUCACAAAGGCAACUAAAUUACAGAGACUAUUGUUGUUGUCCUUAAGUGUAUGUUGCUUAGCUAUAAACUUGAGGAAACGCAAAUAAAGAGAAGAGAAUUGAGAAUAAGAAGAAGAUGAAAAAUGGAGAAGUAUAACAAAAUUGGAAGAUUAAUAAAAAGCCUUUCAAUUCUCUCCCCCUCAAAGGGAUUGUCCUAAAACGACACUUGCUUUCUUUGUUAUAGCUUAACAGACGAUCAAAACGACAUAAGAGGAGCUAUCAACAUGGUUCUUCUUCCAUCCAUUUUUGAUGGAUUGGCAAAAAGCAUGACCAUGAAGAAAGGAAGCAAGAGUUUUGGUGAGGACAUUGGAAAAGAGACUGCAAAUGCUUUGUCAAAGGAAGCCAAAAAGAAUGAGCUAAUUUCAAGGUCUUCUGGCAUUGUUAAGUCUCAAAACUCAGACAAUUUAUCUUCCAUUUUCUCCAAGAGAGGAAAGAAAGGAAUCAACCAAGACUGUCUUGUUGUUUGGGAGGAAUUUGGUUGCCAAGAAGACAUGGUGUUUUGUGGGAUAUUUGAUGGGCAUGGUCAAUGGGGUCAUCUUGUUAGCAAAAGGGUUAGAGAAUCAUUACCCUCUUCUUUACUAUGCAAUUGGCAAAACACUCUUUCCCAAACAUCUCUAGACCUCAAUUUCGAAAUCGAAAACGACAGAGAUCUUCAUUGGUUUGGUACUUGGAAGGAAUCCUUCUUCAAAACUUAUGCAGCUAUUGACCAAGAGCUUAAACACAACAAUGAAAUUGAUACCUUUCUAAGUGGUACCACAGCUUUGACCAUUGUUAAGCAGGGUGAACGUCUCAUCGUAGCAAAUGUUGGUGACUCUCGAGCUGUGUUGGCUACCACUUCUGAGAAUGGUAAUUUAGUAGCUCUUCAGCUCACAAUCGACUUCAAGCCCAAUAUACCAGAAGAGGCAGAGAGAAUAAUAAAAUCAAAAGGAAGAGUAUUUUGUUUGGAAGAUGAACCGGGAGUUUAUAGGGUGUGGAGGCCUAAUGGUAAGAGUCCUGGACUCGCAAUCUCAAGAGCCUUUGGUGACUACAGUGUUAAGGAAUUUGGAUUAAUUUCAACACCUCAUGUCACUCACACCAACAUUUCUACCAAUGACCACUUUGUCAUUUUAGCAUCUGAUGGGGUGUGGGAUGUGAUAUCAAAUCAAGAAGCAGUGGAGAUAGUGUCAUGUAGUGUAGAGAAGGAGAAAUCAGCUAGAAGGUUAGUGGAAUGUGCAGCUAGGGCUUGGAAAUCUAAGAGAAGAGGGAUUGCCCAGGAUGACAUUUCAGCUAUUUGCCUAUUUUUCCAUUCUCCUACUACUAAUAUAUCUACUGCUUUACAGCCCAAUGACUUUUUGGUCUCUAAGUUUUCUACCUUAUCAUCAUGCAAAUCUGUCUAGAUUUCUAAUAUAUACUCAACAGUCUAUUAUGCUCUCUAGCUUUUAAGUUAGAAUAGUCUAAUAUAUUAUUAAUAAUAUAUAGUCUAUUAUUAUAUUUUUCCUUUUAAAUGACUAGGUUAGGUGAUUUGCUUAUUAAAGUGUUGGAUUAUAUAUUUUGUUUGAGUUGUGUAAAUAAAUAAAUGUAAUUGCUUACCUAUUUUAUAGGACACACACCAGAUAUUUUUACUUAUGAAAA